CUAGUCUCUCUGUGCACAGAAAACAAAUUUCAGAGAACGAAGCACUGAGAAAACGAAGAAACUCUGGGAACCCCAAAUCCCAGAAACUCAGUCUUCGCCGGAAAAUGGAGAACAUGCAUUAAUCGAACCGAAACCUCGUCGAAGAAGAUGCGUCGCUGAUUCGAUUUCUAGGGUUUCGGUUUCUCUCCCCCGCCUUGGACCAACUGUGGGCAACGUUGCAACGGCCACGGUUUUCUGCCAAAUCGGAGUAUUUUCGAACACCCAAUUGGACGGAGAAGGCAAUCGUUUUCCGUGUGGUGGUUCCUGCGCUUUCUGGUCAUGCGAUCAUCGCCGUCUUCAUUGGGUUCGUCGUCUCGAUCGGGUUUGCGGCUUCGUAAGAAGCACAAGAGGUUGGAUGCAAUAUGUGAGGAGGAGUACACCCGGAACCAUGGUGAGUUGAAUGAUGAUAAUGAUGGGUUGAAUCCUGAUGCAGGAGUUCGUCGGAGCUCCCGGGUUCGCCGUGCCCCGGUGCUGCUUGACGCAUCUCCCGCUCCGCCGAAGAAACGACGGAGGGUGCGGAAGGGUGGAAUUGAUGGUGGCGGGGAGAGUCCUACGAGUUUAGGGCGGGAAAAUAGAGGUUCAGGUGGGGCUUGGAGUUCUAGGCUGAGAUCAAGGGUUGGGAAUGUAAGUUUUAGGGUAAAAGAGGAGGGGGAAUCGCCACGUGGGAAGAGGAAGCUUUUUGAGGGUGUGGUGGGAAAGAAAGGUGACGAUGAGGUUGGUAGGAAGGAGGAGUUGGAAGGUUUGAUGCCGAAAGUGGUUAAGUCGAAGAGACCGGGAAGGAUUAAAGCCACAAAGCACGAUGAAGGGCAUGCAGAUGAUGUGUCUCGUGGAAGUUUGGAGGAGAGUAAGAGUCAGGAAGUGGUGCUUCUGUCGAGUAGUGACGAGGAGAGUGAUUCUGAAUCGGAAACUGAGUUGUCGGGAGAGGAUCAGAUGGAUGAAUCAGAUGAAAAUGCCCCUUCUAUGGUAGGAAGUGAGGAUGGGGAUCAGAUGGCUGAUUCGGAUGGGAGUGUCCCUCUCCUGGUAGAGAAUGAGGAGAGGAACUUAUCCAACGAUUUGCAAAUGAAGGAGUGUGGCGAUGACAUUGAAUCGUCGUCUCAGGUGGAACGUGAAGAUAAAGUGGAUUAUCAGUUAGAGGGUGCGAAGGAAAGUAAAAGUGUUGGUAAUGCAGCUGAACAGGUAGAUAAUGAAGGAUUCGUUGGUAAGGAGGUUGAUGAUGGUGAAAAUUUCUUGAAAGAUGUAAAUGUUGAUAAGGAGGAUGAUGUCAAUGAAAAUGGCUUGAAAGAUGAAAGUGCUGGGAGGAACGAGGAGUUGAAACAUGCUUCAAAUGACAAGCGUGGUCACCUGCGUAUCAAAGAGGGCAGGCGGUGUGGUUUGUGUGGUGGAGGGACCGAUGGUAAGCCUCCAAAAAGGUUAGCUCAUGAUAAUGGUGAAAGCGAGAAUGAAGCUUAUAGUGGAUCGUCAUCUUCAGAGGAGACUAAUUAUGAUAUUUGGGAUGGUUUUGAUGAUGAACCUGGAUGGCUUGGUCGUCUGUUGGGUCCUAUUAAUGAUUACCAGGGUAUUGCUAGAAUAUGGGUUCAUCUGCACUGUGCUGUAUGGAGUCCAGAGGUUUAUUUUGCCAACUUUGGAUGCUUAAAAAAUGUGAGGGCUGCACUUUUCCGAGGAAGGGCAUUGAAGUGCACACGCUGUGGGAGGCGAGGGGCCACCACUGGUUGUCGUGUUGAUCGUUGUCCAAGAACUUAUCACUUGCCUUGUGCCAGAGCUAGUGGUUGCAUCUUUGAUCAUCGUAAGUUUCUCAUUGCCUGCACUGAUCAUCGGCAUCUCUUCCAACCUCGUGGUAGUAAAUAUUUAGCCCGGAUAAAGAAGUUGAAGGCUAGGAAAAUGAUGUGGGAGAUAAGGAAACGAUCAAAUGAAGCUUGUAGAAAAGAUAUUGGAGAUGAAGAGAGAUGGCUGGAAAAUUGUGGAGAGGAUGAAGAAUUUUUGAAACGUGAGAACAAGAGGCUUCAUCGUGAUUUAUUGAGAAUAGCCCCAGUGUACAUUGGGGGUUCAGACUCUGCCUGUGAAAAUUCAUUUCAGGGUUGGGAAUCUGUUGCUGGGCUCAAAGAUGUCAUCGGUUGUAUGAAAGAAGUUGUCAUUUUACCUCUGUUAUAUCCCGAGCUAUUUGAUAAUUUAGGGCUUACACCACCAAGAGGUGUUCUUUUGCAUGGGCAUCCUGGAACAGGGAAAACCUUAGUUGUCCGUGCAUUGAUAGGUGCAUGUGCCCGUGGUGAUAAACGAAUUGCAUAUUUUGCCCGGAAAGGUGCAGAUUGCUUGGGAAAAUAUGUUGGCGAUGCCGAGCGUCAACUAAGACUAUUGUUUCAGGUUGCUGAGAAAUGUCAACCAUCUAUAAUAUUCUUUGAUGAAAUAGAUGGUCUAGCACCCGUCCGCACUAGGCAGCAAGACCAGACACAUAGUUCUGUUGUGUCAACAUUGCUUGCUCUUAUGGAUGGUCUGAAAUCUAGGGGUUCAGUUGUGGUCAUAGGUGCGACAAACCGUCCUGAAGCUGUUGACCCAGCCCUUAGACGCCCUGGUAGGUUUGAUCGGGAAAUUUAUUUUCCAUUACCAUCAAUUAAGGACAGAGCUUCCAUUCUCUCACUUCACACCCAAAAGUGGCCAAAACCAAUUACCGGAUCCUUGCUUGAGUGGAUUGCAAGAAAAACACCAGGCUUUGCAGGUGCUGAUCUCCAGGCUCUUUGUACCCAAGCAGCUAUUAAUGCGUUGAAGAGGAAUUUUCCAUUGCAAGAAGUCUUGACUUUAGCUGCCGAAGAAAAACAUUCUGGUUCUAAGCCAAUUCCUAUUCCAUCCUUUGCAGUGGAGGAGAGGGACUGGUUAGAGGCUGUUUUUUCUUCCCCACUACCCUGCUCCCGAAGAGAUGCUGGAAAUGCUGCCAAUGAUGUAGUAUGCUCCCCUCUUCCAAUCCAACUUACUCCUUGUUUAUUGCAGCCAUUAUGCACUCUUCUUGUAUCUCUACAUCUUGAUGAACGUCUAUGCUUACCACUUCCCAUAUCAAAAGCUGUAACUGUGAUAAAGGAUGCUACGAUUUCUGCACUGGACAAAAAUAAAAAGCCUUUUGAUCGCUGGUGGUUGCAUAUGGAUGAAUUUCUUCACGAGUACAACUCUGUUCAUGAGUUAAAGAGAAAUCUUACUUGUUCUGGUAUUUUAUCUGAGGUUGAUGGCAUUAUCGGUUCUAAUGAUACUGCAGAUGAUACUAAUGAUAGCAACUUGAGGCUAGAAUCCUCCUCAAGGAACCAUCUUGGCAUGCGUAGUGGUUUAUUUGCAUUGACCAACAAAUCAGGAUUUCGGAUACUAAUUUCUGGAAAUCCUCGAUCUGGCCAGAGACAUCUUGCUUCUUGUCUUCUUCACUGCUUUAUUGGAAAUAUUGAAAUACAGAAGAUUGAUAUGGCAACUAUUUUACAAGAAGGGCAUGGAGAAGUGGUGCAGGGGAUUGCACAAAUAUUAAUGAAAUGUGCUAGCAGGCAAUCUUGCGUAGUAUUCUUGCCAAAAAUUGAUUUAUGGGCUCUGGAGAAACAUUUUCAAGUCUCUGAGAGGACUGAUUCGUGUUUAAAGACAGGUAAGUCUUACUUCUCACCAAACCAAGUUGUUGAGAAGGAAAGAGAGAUCAAUACUGAGAAAAACUCAACUGAGAUGGCCAAUGGCCAAGCCAUCACAAAGGCUUCAUUUGCUUGGAUGUCAUUUGUUGAGCAGGUGGAAUCCAUUGGUGUAUCCACAUCCUUGAUGAUUGUGGCUACUUCGGAAGUUCCCUAUAAAGAACUUCCUUGCAAAGUAAGAGAAUUCUUCAAGAGUUAUCAAUCUAAAGACAACCAGUCAACUCCAUUGGAGCAUACUGUUCCUCGUUUCUCUGUGCAGAUUGAUGGGAAUUUUGACCAUGACAUGGUGAUUAAUUUAUCUGCACUUGAGCUUUUGAGAAAUGUAGUUAAGCAGCUGGUUCAAUUGAUUCAUCAGAGAUCUCAUGUUCAUACGGGUAGCCAAAAGCGCCACAGAACCUGUGAAUCAAUAGAAAUUUGUAAAGAAAAGGUAUGUCAAAGAAAAGAUGGAUCAGCCAAUGAUAAAAAGAGUGAAAUCCAACUUGAGUCCUUUACGAAAGUUUCACCAACACCAACCAGCAAGUCACUAAAGGGAAAGUCAACCCUGUUGUUGGCAAUAUCUACACUUGGUUAUCAAAUUCUCUUAUACCCUCACUUCGCUGAACUUUGUUGGGUCACUUCAAAACUCAAAGAAGGUCCUUGUGUUGAUGUAAGUGGACCUUGGAGGGGCUGGCCUUUCAAUUCUUGUAUAAUUCGUCCUAAUAAUUCACACGACAAGGUUGUAGUUUCUUGUAAUUCUGGUAGCAUUAAAAGCAGAGAAGCAUCUGGUCUAGUCAGAGGCUUGAUUGCUGUUGGUUUAUCAGCUUACAGAGGUGUUUAUAGAUCAGUUAGGGAAGUUUCCCUGGAUGUAAGGAAGGUUCUUGAGGUCUUAAUUGAGAAAAUCAAUACCAAAAUUCAAGCUGGGAAAGAUAGAUAUCAAUAUUUUCGUAUUUUAUCUCAAGUGGCUUAUUUAGAAGACAUGGUCAACAACUGGGCUUACUCAUUGCUAAGUCUGGAGCAGGAUUCCCAUGAGCAUACAACAAAGGUUACACCAGCAAGUGGUGGGUCGUUAAACAACAGUCAUCUCAUUAGUGAAAAUCACAAAAUAGAAGGUGAGGACUGCCAUUUUUCUGCUGCUGGAGAUGAUCAUGAUUUGAAGACGUUGGAGGAAAGUCAUAACGAAAUUCCUGCUGAAAUGGUGGGAUGUAUUGCAUCUAAUAACCAAAAUGGUAAUUUAGAUAUUGAUUGUGAUGAUGGAAAUGCUAGUUCUGAAGGAUCUCUACAGAACCAUUAUUUUUCUGAAAAGCAUAUCAACAACUCUGCUGGUGCUGCUAUGACUGCAAACCAACCACUUUAUCCAGCUACAAGUCAGGAGAAUGGAACACUAUUAGUACAACGUGAAUCUCUAACGGCUAGAAAUAAUGAAGAGGUGCGUGAAAAACUAGGGACUUCAAAUAACUUCGGCAAAUCCAUGGGCACUCAAACUGUGGUUCUUUCUGAAAAUGGAGAUCACACUGCUUUGGAACCAGAGACACGGAAUAUUGAGAUUGGUAACCGUGUCGUCUCUGAUCAGCCACUUAUUGUGUUCUCAUCCUCGCAAGACAUUAGUGCAACAUUAAGUGAUGUAAAAUCUGAUAAACCUGAGAAUGUUACAGACAAUGAUGUCUCUUCAAGCAAUGGUAGUGUUCCUGAUGAUUCGGGGGUUAUUUGCUUGUAUCAAUGUUGCCCUGCAUGUCUCCACAGUCUCCAUCAAUUGACAAAGAAAAUGCUUCUUACAGAGUGGGGGAUGAACGGUGACCAGUGGAGUGUAGAAGAUGUCCAUGAUGCUGUUGAAACAUUGUCUGUGGAUCUUAUUUCAGCAGUUAGAAAAAGCUUUGUGGCUGAAGAUUUCACUGCUUCAUCAAAUAAAACCUCAAGGCAUGAAAAUCAUGGAACAUCUCUUGAUUGUUUGAACCCGAGAACGUGUGAUGCUGAAAACCAAGGCAAGGAUGUUGUGCCUGCCGAAUGUAUUUCUCACUCUGCAAGCGAAAUAGAAGAUGCAACUGCAAUUGAAGAUAGGGCACUGAAUGAUCUUAAAUUUGUUUUCAGAGAUGGUGUACUAGUUCAUAUGGACCCUGACAAGGAUGUCUCAGUUCACUGUAAAUUUCAGAACUUGUGCCUUUGUUCUCUUAGAGAGUUGAUAAUAAUGACAAAGCGAUCUUUUGAUUAGGCUCUU